AUGGCCACCAGGUGGACAAAGGCACGGAAACGUUGGUCUCCAGAUAUUGCGAAAAAUUGUUACCCUAUGUACCACCAGCAGUUUGAGAUACUUGAUGAGGCAGAAGUCACAUGGAACCCGUGGACUCAGGACCAGCUAAAAAUGGUCUUUGAUGCUCGACACUUCACACCAGGCAUGUUGACCGAUAGUGCAUUCUGGCUGACUCGCUGCAACUUAUUGUUCCUGUGGCUAACCAAUAUGGGCAGGGGUUGGAGUUUAUACGAUUGGAGGGAAGAGAACAGUGAAUGGGUACACAAGUGGACAAAUGAAGCGCUAGCAGAUAUAGUGCGUCAACUAAGGCCGUACGAUGGAAGUACAGAUCAAGCGUACAAGCAGUGGUACUGCAUGAACACACGUGCUGGCCUGGCCAGUCAGCCAGCUACUAUACCAACACAUCUCACACAAGAGGAGCAGGCGCGGAGACAUGUUGAGCUGCAUGCAGCUUACUAUCGUGACCACCUGCUUGAAAAUGUCAACGAAGUAGGGCAGAUGGCUACGGAUAGCAUGCCGGCCCAGGGCCCAUAUCGCAAGACAUUCCAGAAACUUUUGCAACAAUUCGUGGCAAAGAAGUUCAGAUGCGGUAGAGGCGACGACGUUGCCACUGGAGCAUACAUGCCGGUAGCGAGGUCAGCCAGACCGAGUGCGGCACCGUCGUCCAGACCGAGCGAGGCGCGUACGAGCCAUGAGCAAUGGGGGGAGGGUCCGAGUACUAGAACGACAUUGCCACGACAUGACUCAUCUCUACCACUGCAUCGCUCUUCUUCGAUGCAGCUUCGUCAGGGGCAGACAUCUCAGGACCAUGGCACGGGCUUGGAUUCGAUGCCCGAGCAGUUUCUUUCCCCUAACCCAUAUGCGUACACAGGAUAUGAUGCAUACACCCAAGGUGAGGGAUCUCAGCCGUUUCUCUCCACGCGAGGGAUCCCCAUGCCCGAGGAGACUCGUGUACCAGAUUUAAACCAGCACCAAGUACAAUGGCCAGACAGUAUAGGAGAGGGAUAUGCUCAGGACACACCUGAUGUUAAUUGGGGCGAUGAGAACACCCAACGCGGCGUCAACACAGGCCUCCGAGGAGCAUCACAUGAUCAUGGCGUCAACACAGGCCUCCGGGGAGCAUCACAUGAUCUUGGCGACACGGUUACAUCAUUAGUUACAGAGUUCUUCGGAGGGGAUGUUAUUGGCCCAUCUUUUAUCCCCCCGGAGUCACAACCAUACGCCUACAAUUACGCUUUAGGUUCGCAACAAGGAUUCGCGACUCCACCACCUACGCAGGACUCGCAGACACAUGAAGCCGAAGUGGAGUACGGCCGCGGUCUUCGUGUGACCCGGCCACCUAAUCGCUUGUUGCCUUCCGGUCGUAAGGAAAGGCCAGGUGGUCGUCGUUAA